AUGAAGUUCUUUACGACCGCCGUUGUUGUCCUCAGUGCCUCGCUCGGCGCCCUCGCUCAGAGCAGCGCGGCCCCGUCGGCCACUGCAGGACUUACGUCCUGCAUCAUUAAUUGUGUCACUACCGCUGCCCAGCAGAACGGCUGCUCGUCUUUCACUGACCUGACGUGCGUCUGCACGAACACGAACUUCCAGCAGUCCGCGCUGUCCUGCCUUCAGUCGUCCUGCUCGCAGCAGGAGGUCCAAACCGCCACUCAGCUUGAGCAGUCGCAGUGCGCCGCCGCUGGAUAUUCUUCCGCCGCGAGCGGUUCUUCUACCGCCACCUCCCCCGCGUCGUCCUCGGCCGCCUCGGGCGCGUCCUCGCUCUCCUCCGCCGCCUCGUCCGCCUCCGUGUCCAUCUCCUCGGGCGUGUCGUCGGCGCUGUCUUCGGCUUUGUCGUCGGCGUCUGCCGCGGGGUCCUCGCUCUCCAGAUCUGUCAGCAGCCGCGUGAGCUCGCUCAGCACGGCUGCCACCAACACAGCUUCAAACUCGAGUGCUGCUGGGCAGGCGACUGCAUUGACGAGUGCUGGCGUGUGGAUGGGGGUUGUCACUACGGUCGUUGGUGCGGUCGUUGGUGCUCUGGCUGUGUUGUAA